AUGGUUGAGAGUCAGUGGAAGAUGGAGGAGAUAAUAGCGGAACUCGACGCCAACAUUACAAUGGAAGAACACGUUAACGACAUGGUAACCAAGAACGCAACUGUCACCACGCGGACCGAAAGCGCUAACUUCCACAUGAGACAAGGUGUACGCAAGCUCACGCCAUGCAUGUUCUGCCAAUCUCCCAUGCACAAGUCAGCACUAUGCACCAGAUAUUCCACAGUAGAGGAAAGGCGUAGUUUCCUCCAGAACAACAACAUGUGCCUCAACUGCGGACGCGAAGGACAUUUCGUGAACGACUGCACAAGGGAAGGGUGCAGAAAAUGCCAAGGUAGAAAGCACAAUCACGUCUUGUGCCCCCAGAGAAUAGAGCUGGAAAAACACAGAAAUCUCCCGCAGAACACGUCAACAAUGAAAACAAGCGCAGCGCCAACAAUGCAGAAGCCAACCCACGCACAACAGAGAACCCAGGGUAAAAGAACAUGUACCACAGGCAGGAUCACACAGGCACACCCUAUCCAGAUGUGUGCGACGGAUACGGAGAUCCAGGACCAGGAAAAAACACCACAUGAGGACGAGGACCCCACAGUGCUUCAGAGCACCUCGACACCUCUCCAACACCAGGACAGCGAAAAUGUGCUGCUACUAACUAGAAACGCAAGAGUCUGGAACGCCAAUAGUAAAGAGUGGCAAUUUGUUGAAAUCCUUUUUGACACAGGCGCAGAUCAAUCAUUUAUCAACCAAGCAUUAGCAGAGGAUUUAGGACUCACAUGCACAGAAAUAAAGGAAUUCAAUAUGUAUACAUUCGGAACCAGAGAACCUGUCCCAACAACGUGUGGAGUAACGUUCUUGGAUCUCUGGGAUAACAUGGGAGAAAAGCACAAUGUGCGCCUACAUGCAACGGCGGUAUUAACCGCGAAAGGAAAACUCACAUAUCUCAGUCAGCAGGACUUAGAUUUCAUCGCAAACAACAAGAUACAGUUAUCCAAAGUAACGAAACGCAAACAAUCCAAACCACAAAUACUUCUAGGCUGCGAUCAGUUGUGGAACUUGUUAGAAGUUCCUUCGCCAAGGUACACGCUUCCGUCCGGUUUACUCUACUCAUCCCAUCUAAACUGGGAUACCUUCUGA